AUGUCCUUAACCUGCUCCUUCGCCGCCGCCGACGGCCUUCCCGGUAAAUCCUUCAGCUCUGGUUCUGUUGUCUGGCUCACCGGCCCUGACGAUCUCGAGCUUUACGACUGCCAUAGAGUCAAAGAAGCCAAAUCUCACGGCAUUCAAACCCUCCUCUGCGUUCCAACUUCUUACGGUGUCCUGGAACUCGCUUCCCAACAAAUCAUCCCCGAGGAUUGGACCUUAAUCCAACAGAUAAAAUCGCUUUUCGACUCGGAUCUAUCUAAUUUCACGAAUACCAGUAGUAGGCCACUUCCGUUUUUGGAUCAGGACUUUAAUUUUGAGGAUAUUGGGUUUAUAAGCGAAGUCCCGGAGGAAGAAAUCGAAACCCCAUCAAGGAAAAAAUCGAAAACAGGGGAGUGGCCGGAGCUGUCGGAUUCCGAUAGCCCUGUUGCGAAAACAGAGGCCAAAAAAACCGGGCAAAAACGAGGACGGAAGCCAAAUAUCAGCAAAGAAAAUGCAAUGAACCAUGUGGAAGCAGAACGGCAAAGAAGAGAGAAAUUAAACAACAGAUUCUACGCAUUACGAUCGGUAGUUCCAAAUGUUUCAAGAAUGGACAAAGCGUCGUUGCUUUCCGAUGCGGUUUCGUAUAUAAACGCACUGAAAGCGAAAGUGGAGGAGAUGGAAGUUCAAUUGAGGGAUUCGAAGAAAUCCGACGGUAGCAGCGGAGAAGGCAUGGAUAACCAGAGCACCACCACAUCGGAGGAGCAGACAAAGGCUAACAAUGCCAUAGCCGCCGCCAUACGGUUCGAUGUGGAGGUGAAAAUCAUAGGUUCCGAUGCAAUGAUCAGAGUUCAAUCACAGAACUUGAAUUUCCCAUCCUCCAUUGUAAUGGGUGCAUUUCGAGAUCUGGAGUUCCACAUUCAUCAUGCUAGUAUAACAAAUGUGAAUGAUUUUAUGCUUCAAGAUGUUUUGAUUAGGCUUCCUCAUGGUUUCUCCACCAAUGAAGCUCUGAAAGCCGCUGUUUUGUCAAGAUUACAGUAA